GGACCUUUAAAGUCACCCCGGCACAGUUUUACCAACUGUACAUGGUGCAUGCCACAGUCAAUGGCGUGGUAGUGCCAAUGGUUUACGGCUUGCUGCCCAACAAAUCUGAAGCUACCUACAGAAGGUAUUCAAGAGCUCUGAUAAACGCAUAAAACGAAACGCUCAGUGGCCCUGUUAUUAGAUAUGUGUUCAAGCGCUUCAAAAUAUGUUCGCUCUUUUAAGGUUUUUCGACGUCUAGCUGAUCCACAUGGGGCCCAACUGCCUUGAGGUGGCUUACACGGACUUCAAGAUAGCGGCCAUCAACGCGAUAGAAGUCUUGAUUGCCGGCGUUAGGAUACAGGGAUGCUUUUUUCACUUAUCCCAGUCGGUGUACAGGAAGGUGUGCUCCAGUGGUCACCAGAGUCGCUAUAAAAUUCAGAUGAAGAGUUUGCUGUUCUAGUAUGCGGAAUUCUAUUUAUAUGCCUUAUUGUUGUCUUCAGUUAAGCCAGUUGGUACCUUUAUCUCUUGCGGAUUUUCAGACGAGAACGCUUCUAGCAUUGGCCUUGUUGCUAAUCGCCGACAUUCCCGAGGCCUUCCAGAACCUUCUCGAGGUUUUCCCCACCGAUGCCUCACUCGUGGCGGCCUACUUCGAGAGAAGUAGGCCGCCACGAAACGGCUUGUCAUCGGCCACCUUCCCUCCUCUGGUUUGGUCAGUCAGAGAAUCAACACUAGCGGAAAUACCAAGGACGAAGAACAGCGUCGAAGCAUGGCACCGGGGACUGCAGAGCAACGUGGCCUGCAGUUCUCCCAAUAUCUGGGCGUUCCUGGGCUGCAUGAAGACAGAGAUGAAGCUGGCUCAAGCAGAGGGAGGCACGACAUCUUCGAGGGUAUCGAAGAAGCACGCCGACUGCAACCGGCGUCUUCGGAUCAUUGUGAGCCGCUACGAUGGUAGCAAUCGUCUUGAAACCUUGAGGGCGGCAGCUCGGAACAUCGCUUUUUAAUUCGUUUUUAUU